CAGCGCUUCCCUCAGCGGAGCGGGCUGCGGGGAGCAGCCUCGCCGCCUUCCCUUCCCUUCCUUCCCUUCCCUCCGCCGGGGGCUCGGCGGGGCGGAGCUCGGCAGCCCCGGUUCCCCCCCCUCCACCCUCCGCGGUCCCCUCCCGGCCCGGUGCAGGCGCGGCAGCCGGCGACACCCGGCGGCGAGGAGCGGCGCCAUGCGGGCCGCCGCCUGCCUGCUCUCCCUGGCGCUCUGCGCCCUGCCCGCCGCCCCAGCAGGCUCCGGGCCGGCGGCUGCGGGGCGGCGGCGGGGCGAGAACCGCUUCGCCGAGCGCCAGAGCAUCAGGCCCCUGCGGCUGCUCGCCGGAGAGGGCGGCGGCGGGGCGCGGAGGCCGGCGCUGAGUACGCGGGUGCGGAGCGGCGCGGUGCGGAGCCAGUCUACACACAUUGCUCGAGCCAGCUUCCAGGUUGAUGCUUUUGGGUCGUCUUUCAUCCUGGACGUAACGCUAAACCAUGAUCUGCUGUCUUCUGAAUAUCUUGAGAGGCAUAUCGAGCAAGGUGGAAAGGCAGUGGAAGUUAAAGGAGGAGAACAUUGUUAUUAUCAGGGAAAAAUUCGAGGAAAUCCAGUAUCAUUUGUUGCCUUGUCAACAUGCCAUGGACUACAUGGGAUGUUCUAUGAUGGAAAUCAUACAUACCUUAUUGAGCCAGAUGAAAACUACUCUUUGGAUGAUGACUUCCAUUUACACUCUGUUUACAAAUCCAAGUUGUUUGAGUUUCCUUUGGAUGACCUGCCAUCUGAGUUCUGGCAAAUGAAUGCUACAUCACAGAAGUUUGUUGUAAAGCCAAGACACAAAAGAAGUAGAAGGCAGGUCCGUCAGAUUCCACGUAAAGUUGAUGAAGAAACAAAAUAUAUUGAGUUAAUGAUUGUAAAUGAUCAUCUAAUGUGUAAAAAGCACCGCUUAUCAGUUGGCCACACAAACAGCUAUGCUAAGUCAGUUGUGAACAUGGCAGAUUUAAUUUAUAAAGAACAACUUAACACCAGGAUAGUGUUGGUUGCCAUGGAAACCUGGGCUACUGAUAACAAGUUCACCAUAUCUGAAAACCCCUUGGUGACCCUACGUGAGUUUAUGAAAUAUAGGAGGGAUUUUAUCAGAGAGAAAAGUGACGCAGUUCACCUUUUUUCGGGAAGUCGAUUCCAGAGCAGUCGGAGCGGUGUAGCCCACACUGGUGGAAUCUGCUCCUUGCUUAAAGGCGGAGGUGUGAAUGAGUUUGGAAAGACAGACUUAAUGGCAGUUACCCUGGCACAAACCUUGGCCCAAAAUAUUGGCAUUUUCUCAGACAGAAGAAAACUAAUAAGUGGUGAGUGUAAGUGUGAGGACACGUGGUCAGGAUGCAUAAUGGGAGACACCGGGUAUUAUCUUCCAAGAAAGUUCUCCAAGUGUGAUAUUGAAGAGUAUCAUGAAUUUUUAAAUAAUGGAGGUGGAUCCUGCCUUUUCAAUAAACCAACCAAGCUUCUGGAUCCUCCAGAAUGUGGCAAUGGCUUUGUGGAAGAUGGAGAAGAGUGUGACUGUGGGUCGAUAUCGGAGUGUGCCAGUGAAGGAGGAGAGUGCUGCAACACGUGCACCCUGACGGCAGGCUCCCAGUGCAGCAAUGGGCUUUGCUGUCGGAAGUGUCGGUUUGAACCUAAAGGAGUUUUGUGCCGAGAAGCAGUGAAUGACUGUGAUAUUGCAGAGAACUGCACAGGAAACUCCAGUCAGUGUUCUCCCAAUAUUCAUAAAAUGGAUGGAUAUUCAUGUGAUAACAAGCAGGGCAUUUGUUUUGGGGGAAGAUGUAAAACCAGAGACCGUCAGUGUAAAUAUAUCUGGGGUGAAAAAGUGACAGCUGCUGACAGGUACUGCUACGAGAAGCUGAAUAUUGAAGGGACUGAGAAAGGAAACUGUGGGAGAGACAAGGACUCUUGGAUACAGUGCAAUAAACAGGAUGUGCUUUGUGGAUACCUUCUGUGCUCAAAUAUAUCUAGUGUGCCCAGGCUUGGAGAACUUGAUGGUGAAAUCACAUCAUCUGUCUUGCAAUUUGGAAAAGUCUACAAUUGCAGUGGCGGCCAUGUGAAGCUCGAUGAGGAGACAGACCUGGGCUAUGUGGAGAAUGGGACGCCGUGCGGGCCGAACAUGGUGUGCCUCGAGCAUCGCUGCCUCCCCACUGAGUCCUUCAACUUCAGCACCUGCCCAGGCACCACAGACAACCAAAUUUGCUCAGGACAUGGUGUUUGUAGCAAUGAAAUAAAAUGUGUUUGUGACCGAUUCUGGGGAGGAGAUGACUGCAGUUCUCGCAUCAAGGAUGAUAUGUUUUUUGAUAAAGAUGCCAUCAACAAAGGUGUUGUUAGCACAAAUAUAAUAAUUGGGGCUAUUGCUGGUACCAUUUUAGUGUUGGCUCUCGUUUUAGGAAUAACUGCUUGGGGUUACAAAAACUACAGAAGGCAGAGACAAAUACCCCAGGGAGAUUAUGUAAAAAAGCCUGGAGAGGCCGACUCUUUUUAUAGCGACAUGCCUCCUGGAGUCAGCACAAACUCUGCAUCUAGUUCUAAGAAGAGGUCUGCUUUUCUGUCGCAUUUUCAGAUUUCUACCUGUUCCAUCACCCAUUAUUCCAUUAGUCAGAACAUUUCAUUGUUUUGCAGCAGGUCAAAUGGAUUAUCUCAUUCCUGGAGUGAAAGGAUCCCAGACACAAAACAUAUUUCAGACAUUUGUGAAAAUGGGAGGCCUAGGAGUAAUUCAUGGCAAGGUAAUAUAGGAGGAAACAGAAAGAAAGUCAGAGGCAAAAGAUUUAGGCCACGGUCUAAUUCAACUGACAGGGUAACUCAUGCAUCUGAGCCUGGGCUUUCUCUCGGCCACCAAACCCCAGCCCAAGGCAUAAGCCCAGAGGGCUCUGACCCCCCCCAAACAGGGAGCCAGGAUCACAGGACACUGUCUCCUGCAAAGUCUCCAUCUUCAUCCACUGGGUCUAUUGCUUCCAGCAGAAAAUACCCUUACCCAAUGCCACCACUUCCUGAUGAGGAGAAAAAAGCCAACAGGCAAAGUGCCAGGCUAUGGGAGACUUCCAUUUAGCUGCACCGUUUUCCUGGGGUGACGUCAAGAACUGUUUACUUCAGAUUUUAUAGAAACUCAGCAUCGCUGAGUCCUUGCACAUUCAUCUGCUCUUCAGACAAGGGGAAAGAUCAACACAGAUGCCCGUGAUCACAAUGGGAACCUUCUCUCAUUUGGAAGGGAAAAAGUGGUCUUUUUUUUUUUCUUUCUUUUUUUUUUUUUUUGGUCAACCAGAAUUUUAUGGAUUUGAUGUAAAGAACAACCAAAAUUAUAACAAUUAACAGGGGAGUAUUAGACUGGACAUAUCAAGGCUGUUCCGCAUGAUGAGAGAAACACUUACCUAGCAUCCCAGCUGCAGUCAGGUUGCGAGUCCCACCCAAGAGAGGUUUUUCUCGGGUUUAAUGCAGUUCUGAGUCAGACCAGACCAGGCUUGGGAACGCGUGUUCAGGAGAACCCGACCAAUGUAAACUUGUACGCUGUGUGCAUGAACCUUGUGUUCUUUACUUUCCACAUGUAAGGGAUAAACAACAUACCGUAGUAGCAAUUAGCAUGCAGGAGUAAGAAAUAUAGGAUUUUUUUUUUUUUGUGACAGGAUUUCAAGCUUUGAAAGGCAACUCUUUGAACCUAAACAUCAAACAAACAAACAAGGAUUAUAUCUUUUUUUUUUUUUUUUUUUUUUUACCUGAUGUGUUUAUAAUCUCAGUAUACAGAUUGUAUAUAUGUAAACAUUUGAUAAUGUCAAAAAUAGCUGUUAUACAUAAGUGUAUUUUGCCAAAUGCCUAAAGAAACAGUCAUGACUAACAUCAUCACACUUCAAUUUUUCUAAUAUUAUGAGCAGACAACUGUGGAAAUACAGAAAGUACAGUACUGUAAAACCAUGUCUCUCAGAAACUGGUGUUUGACCAAAAUCUAUACUGUCUUCUAAGUAGCCGACAAUCUCAAUUACAUGGUGGAACACAGAAAUCAGUACUGUGGCACUUUGUCUUAAGUCAUCGUAAGGGGAACCAGCCAACAUAUGCUGUCCAGUGAGAUGACCAGAGUAUUCUCACACCGGUGCAAUCAAGAACGAUCUUCUAGACAACAGAGACAGAGUCUUAAACUAAUGUGCAGUACAAACCUCCUGAAAAUUUGGGAACACUUCAACGUAGUCAAUUCAGGAUGUGGUGAUAUGGAGUCCUUAUGGUGAGACUUGCUGCGUAUUUCUGACAGAACAUUUCAGAUGCUGUUGUGGAUGGCAAAGUGUAUCUUAUGAGAAGCCUAACAAUUUCACUGCACUAGAUAAUAACAAUGCUGGGCAAGUGGCCAGUUUCAUUGCUGUCUUUUUAUUUGUUUCUGGAAUCUCCUUUACCAUGUGCUAGGAUGCUCUGCUUGCUGCCCCUGAAGUCCCCUUUACAAUUUUUCGGGGCCAUGAACUGAGUACAAGUGAGUUUAGCCUAUAAAACAAACAAACAAACAAACAAAACAACAAAAAAAUAACACCUUUACCGUGGAGAUAUUGGUCUCCUGAAUAAAUGGAUGGUGAGAUUUCCAGUACCUGAGACUUUUAAAGGGUGUUGUAGAAGGAAAUGUGGUCCUCUGACUGGAAAUUUUCAUUCAAUAAGAAAACUGGACCAUAUCAAUUCAAUUUAUAAUUCUCCAGCUCUCCAAAAAUGACAAAUUCUUAGCUUCAGGUAGUGCCAUUACAGAAUAACACACAUGAUUCUGUGUGGUGCAGUUGAAUACCUAGCCCAAUGACUGAAUGAUCAAUUAGAUAUCAUUGUGAUGGGAACAUCUGCGGUGUUUCUGAAUCUUCUACCUCUUUCAUGUAUUUCCUUUAAAAAGUGAACCCAACACUUUCAGCCUUUUAAUAUAUUUUUUUAACUUUUAAGUAAGUCAAUAAAGUCACGUAUAUGUAAGAUUAAAUUAAGAAAUGUCAGCAGCUAUAAAGUAUGUAAGAUUUUUAGAAACACUAUAUUUUAUGAUUAGGCUGUGUGUUGGAUUAUAACAAAAUAUUGACCUUGGAGUUCAAAUGAUUUCCUUCACAGUAGACAGGUUCUGGUAAGUAUUUUGGAGAAAGUCAAAUAAGAGUGAGUACAAGUACAAUACAGAACAGCUGGAAGGAGCCAGUCACUUGUAAUUGCUUUAGGAAAUGAUUCUGCACUUUUGUGAAGAGUAAAUAGUUGGCAGCACAGAAGAAUAUUUUUUGCAAAGAUUUACUUUGAGUGUAGGUAACUGGAUUAAAGGUAGUUGGUAGUGUAUAGCUCAUGAAAUUAGGGCCUGAGCCAUAAUCCCUUGAAAUCAAUAGAAGUCUUUUAUUGAUUUUGCUGGACUUUGAGUGGGACCCUCAAGUUCACCCUAAUUAGGAAAUUAUGCUAGCCUCACAGCUCUUGUGUUACUCUGUUACCUGGAAGCUGUUUUCCCCUUCCACGUUAGAAUCUUGUCUCUAGUAUCUGGACUCUUCGUCAUGUGCCUUUUAUGAUAUUUUGUUCGGUUACAAACUAGCAUGUAAUUUUGAAUAAUCCUGUUAGAUUUCUGUGCAUUUUUCAUGUUUACCACCCUUUACUCUUCCCUUUCCAUUUUGCCUUAUCAAGAAGCAGCAAGAUUUGGCAAACAGAACUGGAUGUACCAUAUUGGCUGUUUGUGUAAUGUUCAUAGCUUAUUGUUUUGAAAACAAAUGGCUCUCCUGACUGUAUUUUCAAUGUACUAUGUACUUGCAGCUUCUCACAUGUUUUGGUAUAACUCAUUCAUAGCAUAUGAUGAUACAGUUGUGUCUGUAGCGUAACUUUAACAGUCACCUUCACAUUUGGGGCUAUGUCGUGACUGGAAGUCUAGUUAUGAGCUCUAAGUUUAAGUUAAAUAAACGUUGACUUUCUCUUUGAUGGUCUACAGUGAGAACAUCGCAAACCUUUCAUUUUUGCAAAAUUCUUCAGCAGAGAAUUUUGCAUCAAGUUUGUAGCUUGGAGAUCUCGUCAUGGCACAAAACCUGAACUGUUUUCAGGUUCAGCUCAGGAAACUGGGCUGUGAGAGCCUCUAAAGCCAAUGGAGGUCAAAGAAGAAGUUGCUUGCUUGCAUUUCUGUGGUUUAAAAUGCAGUGUGUUGAAAGCUGCCAGAUUUGUAACCUUGAAGACUGCAUAUAUUUUUAUCCAUAGUAGUUGGUUACACUGGCAAUAGCAAUAUAAAUUGCCGCAUAAUACCUCAUCCAGUCUACAAUAGAGCACUCGUAUUGUCAAUAAGAUAACUCAGUCAUUUUGACUCAUUCAGACUCAAACUUUUAUUUUUCUUUUAGUUAAAUUAACUAGUUUUUUGCCAGCUAUGCUGUAGAAACCUGUUGAAGUGGGUGGUGGUGGUGUGUAAUGUCUAAUACAUUACAAGUAUUUGUCCAUAAGAACAUACAACCAGCAGGAUGAGCUAUACUUAGCAUUACGUAUUUUAACAUGUGGGAGAAUAUCUUUGUAUAAUUUAAAUAAAAAUAUCACUAACUGAUGGAGACUGAAAGUUAUAGACCGUGUCCAAAUAAUAAGGCUAUACAGUGAUGCUGCAAUUUAAUAACUAAAAAGCUAGUUAUGGAUUUGUUAAGAAUUUGAUUAAUCCAUGCUAUUGCCUUUUGAUGAACAUACUCAGGCAGUAUACCAGAAAUAGUUAGGACUGAUAAUUUACAUAUAAUUUUGUGUGACGUGUAUCUUUGAAGACAGCCACUUCCAAAUGGUUUAUGAGUUUUGUUCUUGAUUUAUGAUGUUGACCCUGCUAAGCUGAUGUACUCACUAGAUAAUUUUGAUUAUGCUAAUGAACAACUGGACCUUUGGGCUAUAACCUGAAGUAAAAAGAGAAAGAAAUUAUGUCAGUAGCUAGUGUGCUUAAGUCCUCUUACCUGAAUCACUGUUGCUGGUUUUAAACAAAUUGAGGGGUCAACAUCAAUGUGACAACUGUUUUCAAAACCAGGGCUAUGAGUAGGUACAUAGACAGGCAUGCACGUACUACAAAUUCAGACCAAAUUUAUAUUUGUUUCAUUAGUAUCAUGGACACUCGCAACAUGAUAAAGACUCUUGGCAUGUGAGAAGAGAAUACAUCAGGAUGCAACGUGACACGGUGAUGAGAGUCCAUAAUUCUGUGGGAUAAUAGGUUAGCUCUUAGCACUUACUCUGUCAUCAGAUCCCAUGCAGAGCUGUUGUAGUCAAACUUACCAAAUUCCAGUGUAAAACUGAGCAAGCUGCUGUUCCCAUUCUUUUCCAUCCCCUUUUUUCUCCUACUGAAAAGCAAGCCCAUGAAUGAUAAUUACACCCCCUAGCAGCCUCGUGUUGAUUGACUAAGAUCAAAAAGUUGCCACGUGAGUUGCCUUUCCACACAAGAUAAGGUCUUUCCAGUGCUGUUAUUAUAUCUUUUGCUCUUGCUACAGUAUAGGUGAAAGAUCCUCAUGCCUCAUUUGCAAUUUGCACUGGUAAAACCAUUUGGUGGCUGUCAUCUGGUGUCUUUCUCAUCCUCUAGCAUUUUGGAAGGAUAAAUCUCUUCUAUCACUGUGAACCUAAAAGUCAUGCUACAUGCUAAUUUUCUUCCUCCAACUCUCAAAAGUAUCCACUUCUUCCUCUAAGUCAUCUGAAUAUCCAUAUCAUUAGUAGACUGUGUAACUUUAUCAACCACAAUGUAAAGUUGAUUUACCUCAUUUUUAAGAGCUUGAGCAUUCUGUUCUCUGAUGCCAGUCUGACCCCACUAUUUGCCUGGCUUCCAAACCAUACAGAAUUAAACAGCAAUAUGGGAUUUGAUUUCAAUCAAAUUUCCUGAAGACAAAUAUAAAUAAAUGGCACAUUUGUACAGCUUGUCAUCCCGUGACUGCAUGGUGGGGUGAAGUUCCUAUAUGUAAAUAGCUAUCAUGGAGCUAUAAUAGAGCAAGAAAAAGAGGAAGACAGUGAAGCUGAUUGUGUAGAUACAGUUGCAGUAUAGACAGGACUCCUAAGUGUGACUUCACCUGAAACAGGAAAUGAAGUGUCUACCAUUGACACUAAAAACUCCUUUGACCCAAAUAUUUUCCAAGUUGGCUUAUGAAAGAUAUUUCGGUACCUCAGGUAUGGAUGCUGAUGUAAAAGCUUUGGAAACAGUAGCUCCUACAGCCAGCAGGUGGUGUGUUGUCAUUCCAGAGCAGUUUCCUGCAACUGAUUAGGAAUGAACUACAAUAAUCAACACAAAUAUGUUAUCUCAGACAAGUAACCAAAACGAGCAGUGAAAGUAACUUCAGAACACAGAAACGUGUUCAGUUGCUCACACUCAAGAAACUCUGUCCCUCACUUUCAAAUUGACUCACCUGGCUGAGGCUGGCAUUUUUAGUUCUCUAAAAUCCAGCCUACAACCAUUUAAAAAUACUUUAGCUAAGCCAGCUCUAAAUUGUUUGAAAACUUUGGUUACAUAGAUGGGCCAUAACUGCAAUAUAACUCAGCAUGAGAUGAGGAAGAUGAUUGGUGAAAAGAAGUGCAGAGCAAUUAAAAAGAAACUUUCUCUAAAGGGAGAAGCAGAGGUGUCACACUAUUUUUAAUUACAGGAGCAUACAGUGUCCAAGCAACAAGUUUUUUUUUUCUUUUUUUUUUUUUUUUUUUUUCUUUUUUUAUGUUUACAUAUCCUCUAAUUAAAAAAAAAAAAAAAAAAGAAAAGUUUUGGUUAAAAAAAAAAUCUUAACUUGAGGCCUUAAGACCUUAUAUUCUAACUUUAGCAUGGAGAGUCUAUUUUUACAACCAAAUUAGGAAUUCUGUAUAUAGGCCUGACUGACCAUGUAAGUAUAGUGGUGCUAGCAGCUAAUCAUGCAAUAUUGUAAGGCUCUGUAUAACAGUAAAUGCUGAUUUAUUUUGAAUAUUGGUACAAGGACUCCUGCUCACUGCCUGUGUAGAGAAUCUAAAUAUUUUAUGCUUGGAAAUACAGUCCAGAACAUAUUCAAACUGUGAAUAUAUAACCUGAUUUUUCUUUUCUUAAGAGUAAAGAUGUAUUACAAUAGGUAGUGUUUUAUAUAGAAUACAGUACUUAUUUUUAUUGUUGCAUAAAAGCAAAUUAUUUUUUUCAGAAUAGCAAAGCAUUACAGAAUUUUUAAUCUGCUGGAGAAAACACUAUUUACAGUAUGAUGUUCUUUCAGCAAAGCUUUGGGGGUGGUAUAUACGGAUUGGCUCUGCCAGCUUCAUUUUGUGCUAAUGUUUCUCUUGGGCAUUGCUGUAAGAAAAAGCUAUUUUUUCACUCACACUAGCCCUUACUGGUAAAACAUUCAGAGGCAAGGAGAAUUGUGUUUCACCACUGGGGCUGGGCUAAUGUUUGCAAAACCAACCAAUCUACGUCAUAUUGUAGUCUUCGCUAAUUAAAAUCCUUAAAAAAUUGUACAUGAUGUAAUAGAAACAUGAUUUUGACAAACACCAAAAUGAAGCGUUGCAAUUUACAGCUUUCGAGCUUUGAGUGUGAUAUUUUUGUCAUCAACAUUACAGGCAUUGGGCUGUUGAAGUGAAUGAAUCUGGCUUUCAUGUAGCUAAAAAAAAUGUUGCUUUUUAUAAAAUAAGAUCAUUGUAAUUUGGUUCCAAAUUCCUGCUCACUUUUAAUAACAGCAUCACAGUAUCCACUUCUCUGAGAGUAUUUAAUACAAAUGCCUGUGGUUUUCAAUGUUACUAACAUAUUGUAACAUCAGUAAAGUGACUUUCAAU